AUGGAUCACAGAAGAGAAAGGGCCACGUCGCCCACGGUGAAUAUCCCGGCACAUCUUCUCCCGCAGGCAAUGAUGGACGCCCAGGCAGACCGUGAACGUGAGCGUGAGCGGUACGGCCAGGCUCAAGCUCAAGCUCAAGCUCAAGUUCAAGCUCGGAGAGCUCCGUAUGGUCUGGAGUAUCCAAAUUAUCAGGAGGAUGCGCAACAUCAGCAACAGGCACUUCAACGGGCCGAACAGCAUUCAAGCCAAGCGGGCCAAUACCAGCCACAAUCCCAACAAUAUCACCAACAGCCUCAAUAUCACCAGCAAAGUUCUCAACCUCAACAACAAGCUAGACCACAGUAUCAGUACCAAUCAGCACCACAGGGAUAUCCACAGGGAAAUCCACAGGGACAUCCACAGGGACAUCCACAGGGACAUCCACAGGGACAUCCACAGGGACAUCCACAGGGACAUCCACAGGGACAUCCACAGGGACAUCCACAGGGACAUCCACAGGGACAUCCACAGGGACAUCCUCAAGCACAGGGACAUCCAGGCUACGGCCAUCCAGGCUACGGCCAGCCAGGCUCUAACCACACCCAGUCAGGUCCAAGUCGUAGAUCUCCUUACCAAAACUCAACCGGCUCCGGAUCAAACUCUUCAUUAACUCACGCCAACCCUGGAGGUCCCUUACAACAUUCAAAUAGCCCCAGAAACCAUUCAUUACUGUCGUUGGUCAGUGGGAAGAACCCACCGCAACAGUUCCAACAACCUUACCAACAGCAAGGGUAUAGAUCUCAAGAGUUUCAAGCUCCUUCUGGAGGCUCUGGACAAAUAGCUCAAGGAAGUCCUGCGAACGGUCAGGCUGCUGUUUAUGGGUACAAUGGCCAGGCCAAGUCCCAAGGCCGUUUAGCAUCGAUGAGUUCUUUAACUGGUUCCCCCAUGGGUAAAGGAGGUAUCUACGGUGAUGAAGGACAAGAACAACCGGGACAACAGCAUCCAGGAUACCAAUCUCAGGUUGGAACCUAUUCACAAGGCCCCAACGGUCCAGGCCCCAACGGUCCAGGCCCCAACGGUCCAGGCCCCAACGGCCCUGGGAGUAACGGACGAAUCACUGCCAGAAGAGCACCCUCUCAUAACCUCCCGCCAAUCCAAACAAACCAAGUGCUUGAAAAUAAUAACACCAACCGUAGAAUCGUCUCAUCUCCACAAAUGUCACAACUGUCGAUGUCCAUGACUCAACAAUCUGUACCUUCACGUGGAUCAUACCCGGAAGCCACGCCACGCGGGAAACCGUCUGCCAAGCAAUACCCUGGCUUACAAUCGAGAUCGGACCUGCCUAACCACCUGCCCACCACCUCCACGCAUCAAAUGACCUCCAACACAUCGGGCCGGUCGUUUUCACUUUCUUCGAAAUCUCGAUCUUUCACUUCACUUUCCAAACUUUCAUCACUCUCAACCAAGAAAUUCAAUUCCCUGGCAUCACUUCAGAAUUCUUCCACCACCAAAUUCGACCGUACGGUGUCUCUGGGCACACUUCUGUCACAGAAGACUGCCGUGCCCAAAAAGCCGUCCGUGUACCCUGCGAUGCUUUCACGGGUCGCCCGGGUGUUCAAAGAGUCGAUCAUCCUCACCAUCAACACCAAGGAUGGGUUGGAGUACCACGACACGUUCACCGGGAAGGGUGCCGUUGACAUCAUCUGUAGAAUCAUCCGGACCAACGACAGAAACUUGGCAUUGCUUCUUGGACGGUCGUUGGAUGCCCAGAAGUUUUUCCACGACGUCACCUACAACCAUAGACUUCGUGACAGUGUUCAUGAGGCAUAUGAGUUCAAUCAUGUGUUUGGAGUCGAGUUGUAUGGCUAUGGUAGUGGAAAUGUCAGUGGAGGGAACUCGAAACAUGGUAGUUUCAACGAGCAACAACAUCAAAAUCUUCAACAAAGUCUUCAUCAACAAACACUUCAACAACAAACUCUCCAACAACAAUCACUUCAUAAACCAACCGACUCUCUGACCUCACUUUCCAACUUGAACAAUAAUAAUUCCAAGGACCACAAGGAAGUGUCGAUCAAUGGGGUGUUCACCAUCCUUACCGAUUGUUAUUCGCCAACUUGUACUAGAAACAAACUCUGUUAUAGUAUUUCGUGUCCAAGAAGAUUGGAACAACAGGCAAGACUCAACAUGAAACCACAGGGAGGGUUGAAAAGAGCCGUAUCGAGACUCUCACUCCAUGACACCGAGGAAAACAAAACCUUGUGGCAUGAGACCGUUCCACAAUCGAUUUUGGAUAAACUUGACAAACAUGAGAAAAUGCGUCAAGAACUUAUUUAUGAAUUUAUCUACACCGAGCGGGAUUACGUCAAGGAUCUUGAAUUCAUGACUGAUUUCUAUAUAAUGCCCUUGAGAAACCCAGCCAAUAACAUCAUUCCUGAACGAGAACGUGAGAUUUUCAUCCGGACGGUGUUUGGUGGGGUCAAUGAUUUGCUUCGGUUAGCGAAAAGCAUGAGUGAUGCGUUGACUAGAAGACAACAACAGCAGAAACCUGCGGUGGAGACGUUUGCAGAUGUGUUUUUGGAGUAUGUGGGCGGGUUUGAGCCAUUUAUCAAGUAUUCCGGGAAUAAGGUGUUUGCUAGUUUUGAACAUGAACGUCAACAACAAGUGAAUUUGAAAUACGCAAGGUUUUUGGAUGCCAUUGAAAAGAAACCAGAGUCAAGAAAGCAAGAUUUGAACUCAUUUUUGAUCAAGGGGGUGCAAAGACCGGCACGGUAUCAAUUGCUCUUGUUGGGGAUCAUCAAGAAUACGAAACCCGAGUCUCCCGAUUACAAGAAUCUUUUGAAGGCAAAGGAGGAAAUCGAAAAGGUUCUCACCAAGAUCAACAUUCAAACGGGUGAACUGACGGAUCGUCACAAGAUUAUGGUUCUUCAUCGACUCUUGGGCAAACAAACCUUGGAGGAGAAGUACAACUUCAAGCUUUCGUACAGUAACCGGAUCAUCUAUCAGGUGACCCUCAGCAGGAAACGUGACAGUGCGGAGAAGAUUGACCUUUACUUGUUUGAACAUGCAUUACUUUUGGUGAAACACAAGGUGCAGAACAAGCGGGAACAACACAAGGUGUUUGAAAAACCUAUUUAUUUGCCACUUUUGUUUGUCAAUUCUGGAUAUGAGUUCCCCACGUUGCGACUGAUCAUGGGAUACCGAUUGGACGGGCUGAUUGUAAGUGACACCGGUGUCAAGACCGCAGAACCAAACUCGUACAUCACCAACACCUCUCCCAAGUUACAAUUGAACUUUUUGGGUUUGGGCCUGCAGGUGCACACCACGUUGUUUGCCGAUGAUGUGACCAACCAGAACCAGGUGUUGCUGCAAAUCUACCAACAACAGAAGAAGUUGAUCCAACAAAACGACAUCUUUCUGCUCUCAAAGUACGAAACGAGAAGAUUCCAUGGGAACAACAAGAUCAACUGUGCCGUGCCAUGUUAUGGGGGAAAGAAAUUGCUCUAUGGGACGGAUUCUGGGGUAUGGGUCUCCACCGUGAGAACAAUCAGCACCACCUCUAAUGAAAAGAUCUGUUCAGAUCCAACCAUGGUGAUCCUGAACCUCUAUGUGACACAGAUUGAAGUAUUGGUGGAAUACAAGAAAUUGUUGGUUCUUUCUGAUAAGACCUUGUAUGAGUUUGACUUGUCAUGUACCGACUCGUUGGACCACGUGAAGAACACGCGGUCUGGGAAGGAAAUCCUCACCCAUGUCUCGUUUUUCAAACUGGGUAUCUGUGAUGGUCGAUUACUUGUAGUUGCUGCGAAAAGAGGAGGUGGUGCCGCACAUUCCAUCAGUAUUUUCGAGCCUCUGAACCCAUUUGACGCCAAAUCUAUCAAAAAUAGAAACAAAAAGUAUGACAUUCGAGAGUUUAUCUUCAAUUCAGAACCUGUUUCCAUUUCGUUCUUCAAGACCAAACUUUGUGUUGGAUGUACCAAGGGAUUUGAGAUUCUUUCGCUUGAGAAGGGUAAGAAGGAACCGAUCUUGGAUGAGGCUGACCCUUCAUUGGAUUUUGCCACCCAACGUGAGUCUGUGACUCCAUUGGCCAUUCAUCGGUUGGGUUUCAAUUUCCUUGUCAGUUAUUCAGAAUUCUCAUUUUUGAUCAACAGGAACGGUUGGCGUACCAGUCAUGAUUGGGGCAUUUUCUGGGAGGGAAACCCUCAGAACAUUGCCUUGUUCUACCCAUACUUAUUGGCGUUCGAGCCGGGCUUCAUUGAAGUUCGAGACCUUGACCUGACCAGUCUCUUGCGGGCUCUUGUAGGAGACAACAUCAGAUUCCUUCAUCUGAACGAACACGAAGCUUUGUACGCAUGUGAGGAGAAUGGAUACGAUAUCAUUGUUUCCAUUGAUUUCUUAAACCUUAAACCAAAGCAGACAAAGACAUAA